AUGAAGUUCGUGCUACCCCGAAGGUUUACUCUACCAACCACCCUAACUCCCUAUGAUGGGUUAGGUGACCCGAAGAAAUACAUCAAAAAGUUCACCUCCAUAAUGAUAGUAAACGGUUCUAUUUCUCGAUUCCGAGACAUAUCAAAACCCUUUGAGGAGCACUUUGCUAGAUCCGCCAUCUACCUUCACGACUCCGACUACCUGAACACAGUCAAUCAAGGCCAGCACGAAAGCCUCAAGGACUACAUGACGCGCUUCACAAAGAUAGCCAUAAACAUACCCGAUCUCCACCCCGAGAUUGACAUCGAAGAGCUCCGACAAGCUCGGAAAAUAGAAAAGCCUCAUCAUAAAGAUGACGACAAGCUACGGGACAGCAAGAAGAAUUUCAAACUAAUCCCACGAUAUGAAACCUACACCAAAUUCAACACCAAGCGCGAUGACAUCAUCAAGGAUAUCUUGAAUUCGAAGUUAAUCAAGCCACCACGAAAAGCUGGAAAUUACCCAGAUUCAAAAGGCACUGACCGAUCAAAGUACUGCUCUUUCCACCAAAAGCACGGACACAAUACCGAUGACUACGUCAUCGCCAAAGACCUGUUAGAGCGAUUAGCUCGGCAAGGUCAUCUGGAAAAAUUCAUCAGCGGCCACAUGCAGCGGCGAGCACCUCCUCCAGGAGACCAAAGCUCGGCUACGCAACAUAACCGAGAUAGAGACCGACCAAACAAUAACCAUCCUAAACUACCAACACGUACAAUUAACUGUAUUUCCGGAGGUUUUGCAGGUGGAGGAGCCACAAGUUCAGCAAGGAAAAGAUCUUACUGA